AUGUACUGGAAGCAUGAGAGCGCGGCCCCGGCGUUGCCCGAGGGCUGCCGGCUGCCGGCCGAGGGAGGCCCCGCCGCCGACCAGGUGAUGGCCCAGCCCGGGUCCGGCUGCAAAGGGACCCCCCGCUGCCUGGAGGGGACUGCGCCGCCCGCCAUGGCGCAGUCGGACGCCGAAGCCCUGGCGGGCGCUCUGGACAAGGACGAGGGCCGGGCGUCCCCCUGCACGCCCAGCACGCCGUCCGUCUGCUCACCGCCCUCCGCCGCCUCCUCCGUGCCCUCGGCCGGCAAGAACAUCUGCUCCAGCUGCGGCCUCGAGAUCCUGGACCGCUAUCUGCUCAAGGUCAACAACCUCAUCUGGCACGUGCGCUGCCUCGAGUGCUCCGUGUGCCGCACGUCGCUGCGGCAGCAGAACAGCUGCUACAUCAAGAACAAGGAGAUCUUCUGCAAGAUGGAUUAUUUCAGCCGCUUCGGGACCAAGUGCGCGCGGUGCGGGCGGCAGAUCUACGCCAGCGACUGGGUGCGGAGGGCGCGCGGCAACGCCUACCACCUGGCCUGCUUCGCCUGCUUCUCCUGCAAGCGGCAGCUCUCCACGGGCGAGGAGUUCGGCUUGGUGGAGGAGAAGGUGCUGUGUCGCAUCCACUACGACACCAUGAUCGAGAACCUCAAGAGGGCCGCGGAGAACGGGAACGGCCUCACGCUGGAGGGGGCAGUGCCCUCGGAGCAGGACAGUCAGCCCAAGCCGGCCAAGCGCGCGCGGACCUCCUUCACGGCCGAGCAGCUGCAGGUGAUGCAGGCGCAGUUCGCGCAGGACAACAACCCCGACGCGCAGACCUUGCAGAAGCUGGCGGACAUGACGGGCCUCAGCCGGAGGGUCAUCCAGGUGUGGUUUCAAAACUGCCGGGCGCGGCAUAAAAAGCACACGCCGCAGCACCCCGUGCCGCCCUCCGGGGCGCCUCCGUCCCGCCUGCCCUCCACCCUGUCCGACGACAUCCACUACGCGCCCUUCAGCAGCCCCGAGCGCGCGCGCAUGGUCACCCUGCACGGCUACAUCGAGAGUCAGGUCCAGUGUGGGCAGGUGCACUGCCGGCUGCCUUACACAGCACCCCCGGUCCACCUCAAAGCCGACAUGGACGGGCCACUCUCCAGCCGGGCCGAGAAGGUCAUCCUUUUCCAAUACUAA